AAAAAUCAUCAAAUCUUCUCCUUCUCUCUCUCUCUCUCACACACUCACUAGCUUCUCUGUUAAAAGCUUCCGUCAUCACAUAGAGAACAGAGACUGACACUAACUCACUUCCUAACGGUUUCCACACUCAAAAUUACACUUUUGCCACUCCGGCGAACAACAAUAUGAUCACAUGGCACGACCUCUACACCGUCCUCACGGCGGUGAUACCACUCUACGUAGCCAUGAUCCUCGCUUACGGCUCAGUCCGGUGGUGGAAAAUCUUCUCACCAGACCAAUGUUCCGGCAUAAACCGCUUCGUCGCUAUUUUCGCCGUCCCUCUUCUCUCUUUCCACUUCAUCUCCUCAAACAAUCCUUACGCAAUGAAUCUCCGAUUCAUCGCAGCCGAUACACUCCAAAAACUAAUCAUGCUCACUCUCCUAAUCAUCUGGGCUAACUUCACUCGCUCCGGUAGUCUUGAAUGGAGCAUCACAAUCUUCUCUCUUUCAACACUUCCCAACACUCUCGUUAUGGGAAUACCUCUCUUGAUCGCCAUGUACGGAGAAUAUUCCGGCUCACUCAUGGUUCAGAUCGUUGUUCUUCAGUGUAUAAUCUGGUACACGCUUCUUCUCUUUCUUUUCGAAUACAGAGGAGCUAAGAUCUUGAUCAUGGAACAGUUUCCAGAGACUGGUGCUUCGAUUGUAUCGUUCAAAGUUGAGUCCGAUGUUGUUUCUUUAGAUGGACAUGAUUUUCUUGAAACUGAUGCUCAAAUCGGUGACGAUGGUAAGCUUCAUGUUACGGUGAGAAAAUCAAACGCUUCUCGGAGAUCUUUUUACGGUGGUGGUGGUACUAAUAUGACUCCUCGUCCGUCUAAUCUCACCGGAGCUGAGAUUUAUAGUCUUAACACUACUCCAAGAGGAUCUAACUUCAAUCAUUCUGAUUUUUACUCUAUGAUGGGGUUUCCCGGUGGCCGGCUUUCGAACUUUGGUCCGGCGGAUAUGUACUCUGUUCAGUCCUCGAGAGGACCUACUCCUAGACCUUCGAAUUUUGAGGAGAGUUGUGCUAUGGCUUCUUCGCCAAGAUUCGGGUAUUACCCGGGAGGAGCUCCCGGGUCGUACCCAGCUCCUAAUCCGGAGUUUUCUACCGGUAAUAAAACCGGUAGUAAAGCUCCAAAAGAGAAUCAUCAUCAUGUAGGAAAAUCAAAUAGUAAUGAUGCUAAGGAGCUUCAUAUGUUUGUUUGGGGAUCCAACGGAUCACCCGUUUCGGACCGAGCUGGUCUUCAAGUUGAUAAUGGAGCCAAUGAACAAGUCGGAAAAUCCGAUCAAGGCGGUGCAAAAGAGAUUCGAAUGUUGAUCUCUGAUCAUACUCAAAAUGCUGGUCCGAUGAACGGGGACUAUGGCGGGGAAGAAGAGUCGGAGAGGGUAAAGGAAGUGCCUAACGGACUACACAAGCUUCGGUGUAACUCCACAGCAGAGCUAAACCCUAAAGAAGCUAUAGAAACGGGUGAAACUGUACCGGUAAAACAUAUGCCACCAGCGAGUGUGAUGACUCGGCUGAUAUUGAUAAUGGUGUGGAGGAAACUCAUAAGAAACCCAAACACUUACUCUAGUCUCAUUGGUCUCAUUUGGGCUCUUGUUGCUUUCAGGUGGGAUGUGGCAAUGCCUAAAAUUAUUCAACAAUCAAUCUCAAUUCUUUCUGAUGCUGGUCUUGGUAUGGCAAUGUUCAGUUUGGGUGAGUCAUCUUUUUACUCUGUUUCUUUUUUCCGUUAACUCAUUUACUUUCUUUCUAUUUUUACGCCAAUCAAAUGUCACAACAUCCACAUUCGUACGGAAAAAAUUGUAACUUUUUUUUGGUGAGGAUUCCAAUAAUUGAAAAUGGUUGGUAUUUUUUAAGAUUUUUUGGGAUGGCCCGUUACGGCAUGGACCAUCCGACAGGUAGGGUCAUUGAUGCGACGUCGAAUUAUAUAAACGGUCGUGGUGGGAUGACAUAGCUCGUGUUCUUGAUUGUUGUCGUGGUCCCCAUAUUAAGUGGAAGUUGAUUGGACUUACAAUGUACAUGAAUGCAUCAUCAUCAUCAUUUAUUGGAUUUAGAUUACGUUUACAUGUAUUGCAUCAUUCAGCACUUGUUGUUUUGAGUGGAAAUGAAUUAACUGAAAAUGUGAAAAUGGUGAAGGGUUGUUCAUGGCAUUGCAACCGAAAUUAAUUGCUUGCGGAAAUUCGACGGCGACUUUUGCGAUGGCGGUGAGAUUCUUUACUGGACCAGCGGUAAUGGCCGUGGCAGCAAUGGCUAUUGGAUUACGUGGAGACCUAUUGCGUGUGGCCAUUGUUCAAGUAAAUUAAACUAUUUUCGUUUGUUGUUAACAAUCUCUUUGUAAGAAGUAGUUUAACCAAAUCUUGUGGUAACGUUGUAGGCUGCAUUGCCUCAAGGGAUCGUGCCGUUUGUGUUUGCAAAAGAGUAUAAUGUUCAUCCCGCAAUCUUGAGUACAGGGUAAGUAUUUCAUAUUGAACCAAUAGUAAAACUUUUCUUAUGCAUAAGAGAAGAUUACUAAUAUUGUUGAUUCUUAUGUGUAUUAUUGCAGGGUAAUAUUUGGAAUGCUUAUCGCACUACCGAUUACACUUGUUUACUACAUUUUACUCGGGCUAUAAGCUCUUCAAUGGAGAAGUUCUGCUUGGCUGAAGAGGAUAAAGAGAAACAAGAUAAUUCCAAGAUUAGUGGAACGCAACUAGAAAAUGUAAUGUAACACGAAAUGUAGUAAAUUUAAAGGGACCAAGAUUUGAUUUGAGGAUCCAAAAACCCUUUUCUUGUCUA